AUGGAGGAUUCCUCGAUGUCCCCUGGCUCCGUGAGGUCACUGCCGCUGCUUGCCUUCACCAUUUCCCUCCUUUCUCUCCACGUUCACCGGCUGGACUCAGUGAGUUUCAAGGUAAUUGGACCCGAUCGCCCCAUCAGGGUCCUUGUGGGAGAAGAUGCUCUGUUACCCUGUCACCUCUCCCCCAGCAUGAGCGCCGAGAGCAUGGAGGUGCGCUGGUUCCGAUCCACGUUGUCUGCAGUUGUCCAUCUCUAUCGGGAUGGGAGAGAUCACGCUGGCCAGCAGAUCGCACCGUAUCGAAGCAGGACGAAGCUACUGAAGGACGGUAUUGCGAAUGGGACUGUCUCCUUGAGGAUACACAACAUCACCCCCUCUGAUGAAGGGACUUACGGCUGCCACUUCCAAUCACCCACCUUUUACGAAGAAGCUGCGUUGGAACUGGAGGUGGCUGGCCUGGGCUCCACCCCUCACCUUUCUGUCGAUGGAUAUCAGGAUGGAGGGAUCCACGUGGUGUGUGAAUCGGCCGGAUGGUAUCCGAAGCCCCAAGUGCUGUGGAGAGACCUCAGCGGGCAGCGACUAGCACCAGUGAUGGAGAAAAUAUCCCAGCAGGCUGACCGGCUGUUUGAUACUCACACUGCUGCUGUUAUAAGAGACGCUUCGAACCAGAACCUGUCCUGCUCUGUCCUCAACCCCCGUCUCAGCCAAGAGAGAACAGCAACGAUGCACAUAGCAGAUGUGUUCCUCCCAAGGACCUCUCCCUGCCAGCUGGCUCUGUCGGUGACCCUGGCUGGUGUGGUUUUUCUCAGCCUCUUGGCCAGUUACUGCUUCUGGAAGCAGCACAGAGCGAAAGACACUCAGCAAGCUGAACUGAAGAAACAGAUACUGAAAGAGUUUAGAAGGAACCUGCCCCUCCCCAGACCCCGACCAUGGCUGAGAGUCUCUUAG